UGGGACUCCAUCCGCUGCUCGGGCAGGUGAAGCAGCCUGUCAAAGGUGCGCCCCUCGCCUGCGCCCUGGGAAGCUUCUCGCGGGGCCCGGCUCGCCAUGAACGCCGAAGAGCAGUAUUACGCCUCCGGCAGCGGCGCCAGCCACUCGCUCUACAAGGAGCCCUGCGCCUUCCAGAGAUCGCAGCCCCCGGAUUACAACUGCAGCCCUCCCGCCUGCCUGUACAUGGGCCGGCAGCAGCAGCAGCAGCAGCAGCAGCAGCAGCCGUCACCUUACGCCAGUCUUUUGGGAGGCUUGGAUCAAGGCAGCCCGCCGGACAUUUCCCCCUACGAAGUGCCGCCCCUCUCAGAAGAACCGGGCAUUCCGCAUCUCCACCCCCUUCCCCCCCACCAUCCCGCUCAGCUCUCUCUACCGCCGCAGGAGACCCUUCCCUUCGGAGAAGGGACCGAGGCCGGGGUGCUGGAGCAGCCCAGAGCGCCGCUGCCCUUCCCUUGGAUGAAGUCGACCAAGGCUCACGCGUGGAAGGGACAGUGGGCUGGCACGGGUGGCUCCUACGUGGUGGAACCGGAGGAGAACAAGAGGACCCGGACAGCCUACACGAGGGCGCAGCUGCUGGAGCUGGAGAAGGAGUUCCUCUUCAACAAGUACAUCUCCAGGCCGCGCCGGGUGGAGCUGGCCGUCAUGCUGAACUUGACCGAAAGGCAUAUUAAGAUCUGGUUCCAGAACCGGAGGAUGAAAUGGAAGAAGGAGGAGGAUAAGAAGCGAGGGGGCGCAGGGGGCGUCGGGGGCAACCAGGAGCCUGAGCAGGACUCCGCCGUCUCCUCGGGGGAAUUACCCGGGAAGGAGGAAGGGCAAGAAGACGAGUCCCCCGUCGCCAAGCUGCUGCUCCCCGCCAGCCCCACCGUCUCCCCCCGUCGGCCCCCGGAGACGCGGUGAAGCGCGUCGAGGGCCAGAGCGCCCCCUGGCGGAGCCCUCGCGCCUCUCGAGCGCCUCUGCAGGGAGAGGCGACCGUAAGGAAGAAAGGCUUGUACAUUGGACUACAACUCCCACGAGAAGUGAAGCUCCUGGGAAUUGUAGUCCGACGCAGCUGGUCCAACGUACCAGGGUGGAGAGGAAGAGGAACAAGAGCCAUGCCCCUUCCCAUUUGCCUCUACUUUGUUUCUCUCCCCAUUUUAAUCCAGUUUUGGGAGGUUUUUUUUUUUUUUUUUAAGAUUAUUUUCAAGGCUUACGAAGCUGGUUAGUUAAAUGAUUCCUCCAUGUGAUACAUAUUUAGCCACUGACUGUAUUGGGGAAAUGGGAGGAGAAAGGAAAGAUUUCUCUUGCACUGGAUAAUGUUGAAGCUGUUAUAUUUCCUGGGUAGCCCCUAUGCCCACUAGGCUACCUAGUUGAUCUGUAAUGUUUUCAAAUUCUUCUAAUUAAAAACACAAUGGGAAGCCAGCCUGUUGCAAAGCAAAACCUCAAACAUAAUCUUCCUUUCCAGCUAUGCCUGAACUUUCAGAGGCCGCCUCUGAAAAUAAAGCGGGUCAGUGGUUGCAACCUUGGAAACUGGGGGAGAACUCGGAGAGAAAACCCAU